GAGCUAGCUCGCUUUCGAAAGUUUCACAUCCGCAAGAGAGCGGCAAGGCAAGACAGGGCGAAGUAGGCAAAGACGUCUCGCGCGCGAACUCGGUACGCUGCAGGCGAUGACCGCAUUCAUAUGAGUUUUUGUGAGAGUGCUACCGUAAUCUCCGUUUCGUUGAGUGUCUACGAAAAUGCUGUAUAGGUGAACAUUACGAAAACAGUGUUGUGAUUGUGCAAAAGUAGUUUUCCCCUUUCUCUCUGUACCUUUGAAAACUAAAAAAAAUGCCUUGCUCAGCGGUAACUCUGUCCAUAGCGACCAUCACGGCUAUCGUGGCCGCUGCCUUGAUGGCUAUAGCAUUUUCUACAGAUAAUUGGCUGUACAUCGAAGUGAAGCGGAGCAAUAUACAGACAUACGUAACGGAGAAUACGGAUAUCAACUCUCAGGGUAUCCUGGAGAGUCUGAACAGCAAAUACUUCUACUACACCCGAACACGGGGACUCUUCAGGAUCUGCUACCCCAAGGAACGACCGCCUACAGUUGAGAUCUACCUGUCGCCGGUGGAGACGCACUGCAGCAAUGUGGACUACUUCAUCCCCGACGAGAACAACGAGACCAGAGGACUGGCUGAUGAUGCGAUGAACAGGUUACACAUGGCGAGGUCGUGUGUGGCGCUGUUCAUGGUGUCGUUCCUGGCGCUGUUCGUGGCGUUCUGGACGGGCGUGGUGGGCUGCUGGAAGCGCUCGCCCGGCAACAUCACCGCCACCGCCAUACUCAUGCUCGUCACGUGUUUGCUAGCAGCAGGCGCGAUGGCGUUAUGGCAUGGCGUGGAGUUCUACGAGAAGGAGAAGGUGGUCGGCGAGGAGUUCUACCAGCAGUGGCCCAAUAUAUUGAGGGAUAACGCCCGUGUGUGGUACGACUGGUCCUACAUGGUGGCGUGGUGCGGCGUCGGUCUGUCACUGCUGUCGGCCAUUUUGUUCUCGUCGGCCGCCAUUUGCUUGCGCGGCGAGCGGGAGAGGGAGGAGGCGCUUAAUAUGCAGUACCUAAUGCCGGUAUACCCGCAAAAGCAGCAGUACGCGUACGCCGGGUACCCCCCACCCCAGGCGUACCCCGGCCCCUACUACCACGGCUCGCAGUACGGCCCCUACAACUACUGAUCUCGCGACCAG